AUAAUUACACCAUGCAUUUAACGGGCUUAGCAACAAGUGCGCGUUAAAAUGUUAUCGUUAGAAAAAAACGUUCUUUACGUCCGAUAAGUCCAAUUUGUUUUACAAUCCGAACCAAACAUGCGAGACAAUCGCCGGCCGUCGUUUUAUUAUUCAUUCGAUAAAAUAAAUUAGUAGUAAAAGCGUUUAGUUUUAUCGCAUCGCCGGUUUAUAAAUAACAGCCCCCCAGCGACGUUUCGUCACAUUUAUCAGGUAAUGUUGCAAUUCCGCGGAAAUUUUUUCAAAUCCGCCAUGUUUUCGCGCGCUGUCAUCGAAAUCGGCCACCUGUUGAUCCGCGCAAAGGUGCAGAGAGCGCUCGUCACGCGACUGUCCACCGCCAGCAGCGCCGCCGCCAUGGAAUCGCUCAACGCCAACGUCUGGGACUCCGAUCCCGAGCUCUGGGACCUGGUGCAGAAGGAGAAGCGCCGCCAGCGCUCCGGGCUCGAGCUCAUCGCCUCCGAGAACUUCACCACGAUGCCCGUGCUCCAGUUGCUCGGCUCCUGUUUGCACAACAAGUACUCCGAGGGGCUGCCCGGCCAAAGGUAUUAUGGGGGUAACGAGUACAUCGAUCAAAUCGAAUUGUUGGCGCAGAAAAGAUCAUUGGAGGCGUUCGGUUUGGAUCCGGAGAAAUGGGGAGUGAAUGUACAACCUUAUUCCGGUUCUCCUGCUAAUUUUGCCGUCUAUACAGGUUUAAUUGGUCCGCACGGUAGAAUAAUGGGCUUGGAUUUGCCAGACGGUGGUCAUUUAACUCACGGUUUCUUCACCCCUACGAAAAAGGUUUCCGCCACGUCCAUUUUCUUCGAAUCUAUGCCAUACAAAGUGGAUCCCCAGACGGGUCUAUUGGACUACGACAAACUACUACAAACCGCAAGACUGUUCAAGCCGAAGAUAAUAAUAGCCGGCAUGAGUUGCUAUUCGAGAGCGUUAGACUACAAGAAAUUCAGGGAGAUUUGCGACGACGUCGGGGCCUACUUGUUCUCGGAUAUGGCGCACAUUUCCGGUCUGGUAGCCGCAGGUGUUACAGCUACUCCGUUCGAACACAGCGACAUCGUAACGACGACCACGCACAAAAGCCUCCGGGGCCCCAGGGCUGCUGUGAUAUUCUUCAGGAAAGGCCUUCGAACUGUCAACGCCAAAGGGGAGAAAGUUAUGUACAACUUCGAAAACAAAAUCAAUCAGGCCGUCUUUCCGGGACUGCAAGGCGGUCCUCACAAUCACGCCAUAGCAGCCAUAGCGACGGCCAUGAAACAGACCCAAACCAAAGAAUUCGUCGAGUACGCCAAGCAGAUUAUGGUGAACGCCAGCAGGCUGAGCGAUGGGCUCGGCAAAAGGGGCUACAAAAUCGUGACGGGCGGUACGGACCUGCAUUUGUUGUUGGUGGAUUUGAGAUCGGUCGGUCUGACGGGGGCCCAAGGGGAAUACAUAUUGGAGGAGAUCAAUAUAGCUUGCAAUAAAAACACCGUGCCCGGUGAUAAAAGUGCCUUGAACCCGUCUGGUAUUCGGUUAGGAACCCCCGCUUUGACUACCCGGAAUUUGAAAGAGAAAGACAUCGACGUCGUCGUGGAUUUCAUCGAUAGGGGUUUGAAGUUGGCCAAAGAAAUCGAAACCGUGUCGGGACCUUCGUUUGUGAAUUUCAAGAAAACGAUCCACGAAAACGCCGAUGUGGCGAAGAAAGUGGCCGCUUUGAAGGACGAAGUGGCCAAAUACAGCGAGCAAUUCCCUUUGCCCGGCUAUUCCGAAUAUUAAAACUACAUUUUCCGGCGAUUCGAGCGCGCUUUAAAGCUUUCGAAUGCCGUAAAUUAAUCAUUUUCUACUCUUCUCGAGUGUACUGAAUGACUUUUCACGCUUAUUUUUCUUUAAAUUGUAAACCAGGACAUUCCUUUGCUAUUCUAUUAUAGAGAAUUUUCCUCAGAUUUCUUUUGCUUUCGAGGCGGUUUUUUUAAGCGGGAUAUCCCCGCGUUCGGAUUGGAAAACGAGUCGAAUGCGCGACUGACCGGGCGAGAGAACCGUCCGGCGUAAAAUAAAACGAGGAAGAAUCGAUGAAGUCCGGCGGGUUUAAUCGUCUGAAUUUAUAACAAGUACGAGCGAAUUAAUUCGCUACGCACGACUAAAAAUCGACGAUAUAGAAUGCUGGGAACGUUCUCAACGGACUUUCAUGGCGUUUCCUCGUAACAGGACGCCAGCCGAGCGAGGAGGUAUCGAGAAAUUCCUCUCUUGUUGAUACAUGUAAUGUGAGUUGCAUAAACAAACAAAUGUUAGCGCCAUCUUGUGAGUGAUAUCGCGAAGUAGUGUUUUCCAAUUACAGAUUUCUGUAAGUUACGCAAACCGGGUUUUUUG